UCCCGCCUCACCGGGAACUUGGCCCUGGGGACAAAUCAGGGAUGUUUUUCUCAAGGUUGCAAACAGGCGAGCUGCCCCUGCCCGGCUGCCAUCUCUCCUGCCCUCCCUGCUCGCGCUUGCCUGUGGGAAGCAGGAUGGCCAAUCUGGACACCUACCUGCGGCAGCCCUGGCACAUGGUGCAUGGCAUCCCCAUGGUCAGUGCCUUUGCCCGUGACUGGGAGCGGAUUGACACCUUCCGGAGCCGCCCCGAGGACAUCGUGGUGGUCACCUUCCCCAAAUCUGGCACCAUCUGGGUCAGCGAGAUCGUGGACAUGAUCCUGAAAGGUGGCGACCCUGAAAAAUGCAAGCGGGAUGCCAUCGUCAACCGGGUGCCCAUGCUGGUAGUUGCUGCCCCCGGGAAGAUGCCGGCAGGCACGGAGCAGCUGGAGGCCAUGGUGUCUCCUCGCAUCAUCAAGACCCACAUCCCAGCUCAAAUCUUGCCCAAAUCCUUCUGGGAAAACCGCUGCAAGAUGAUCUACGUGGGGCGCAACGCCAAGGACGUGGCCGUCUCCUUCUACCACUUUGACCUGAUGAACAAGUUCCAGCCGCACCCCGGGACGUGGGCCCAGUACCUGGAGCAGUUCAUGGCUGGCAGAGUGGCAUAUGGCUCCUGGUACGACCACGUCAAGGACUACUGGGAACGGAGGAAGGAUCACCCCAUCCUCUACUUCUUCUAUGAGGACUUGAAGGAGGACCUCCGCCGGGAGAUUGCCAAGGUGGCCCAGUUCCUGGGGCGGGAGGUGCCGGAGGCGGCGCUGGACGCCAUGACCCGACACACCUCCUUCGAGGCCAUGCGGGACAACCCCACCACCAACUACAGCAUGGUGCCCUCCCACCUCAUGGACCAGGGCGUCUCUCCCUUCAUGCGCAAAGGCACUGUUGGAGACUGGAAGAACUAUUUCACUGUGGCCCAGAGCGAGCGCUUCGACCGGGACUACGUGCAGAAGAUGUCAGGCACUGACCUGUGCUUCCGCACCCAGAUCUGAGGAAGCACCGCUGGAAGCCCCCCAAAUCCAACCCAUGCCGAUGGCACCGCCACCACGCUGGCGGCUCCUUCGCCUCUCCUGGGACUGCUGGAGAGAAAUAAAAUGUCCUCUCUGACACCCCCCCACGGGAUGCUCACUGCCCUGUGCCUGUGCUGACCCCAACCCAGCCGUCCCCCGGGGCUGCUGGCCUCUCCUCGGGUUGGGGACAAGCCGGUGCCACCCCAUGUCCCCUUGGCUGCCGUGGUGGGGGGAUUGCUGCCAGGAUCUUGCGGGAUUGCAGAG